GGUGCCUGCUGGCAGGCACACCCGGCGGCCGCGGAGCUUCCUCUGUGGCACAGCCUCUCCUCCCGGGGCGCACGCGGAGCGGCCAGGAUCUCCUCAGCCCGGGACGCGGGGGCCCUGGCCCUCCCGCAGCCUCCACGCCGCCCGCCAUGAAGCCGUCGUUCUUCCGCUGCCAAAACACCACCUGGGUGGAGAAGGGCUACUCCGCGACCAUGGGCUGGGUGCUCUUCAGCGCGGGCCUCCUGGGCAACCUGCUGGCGCUGGGGCUGCUGGCGCGCUCCGGGCUGUCGUCCUGCUCGCUGCGCUCGCCGCGCCCGCCGCCUUCGGUCUUCUACGUGCUGGUGUGCGGCCUGACGGUCACCGACCUGCUGGGCAAGUCCCUCCUGAGCCCCUUCGUGCUGGCGGCCUACGCGCAGAACCGGAGCCUGUGGGGGCUGGUGCCCCCGCCGGGCAGCUCUCUGUGCCAAGCCUUCGCCUUCUUCAUGUCCUUCUUCGGCCUCGCCUCGACGCUGCAGCUCCUGGCCAUGGCCCUGGAGUGCUGGCUCUCCCUGGGGCACCCCUUCUUCUACCGACGGCACAUCACCCUGCGCCGGGGCGCGCUGGUGGCGCCCGCCGUGGGCGCCUUCUGCCUGGCUUUCUGCGCGCUGCCCUUCGCGGGCUUCGGGAAGUUCGUCCAGUACUGCCCGGGCACCUGGUGCUUCAUCCAGAUGGGGCACGAGGAGCGCUCGCCGUCGGUGCUGGGCUACUCGGUGCUCUACGCCAGCCUCCUGGCGCUGCUGGUCCUCGCCAUCGUGCUGUGCAACCUGAGCGCCAUGCGCAGCCUCUACUCCAUGCACCGGCGGCUGCGGCGGCGCCGGCGCUCGCUCACCAGGGACCGCGUGGAGCCCGGCGCCGGCGAGAGGGUGGCGUCCCCGCCGCCCCUGGAGGAGCUGGAUCACCUCCUGCUGCUGGCCCUCAUGACCGUGCUCUUCACCAUGUGCUUCCUGCCUUUAAUUUAUCGUGCUUACUAUGGAGCAUUUAAAGCUGUCACCAAGAAAAACAGAACUUCUGAAGAAGCCGGAGACCUCAGUGCCUUGCGUUUCAUAUCUGUGAUCUCAAUUGCGGAUCCUUGGAUUUUCAUCAUUUUCAGGACAUCAGUAUUUCGGAUGUUUUUUCACAAGAUUUUCAUAAGGCCUCUUAUGUAUAGGAACUGGCACAGCAAUUCCUGCCAAACUCACAUGGAAUCCAGUCUGUGACAAAGUCUUACAGUCUCUGGUAAGCUGAGGAAUGUAUCACAUUUACCAUCAAAGAACCACGCUAAAAAAAAAAAGACUUCAAUUUAAAUCCUAAAAAGUUAUCUCCCAUCACAAAACAUCUAAAUGUAUUUUCAAAAGUAUUUGAUAUCUUAACAAGGCAUUGUCACUCUAUGUACUUGAACCAGUCAGGUCCUUUUUUUUUUUUUUUCAAGGUAGUAAUAGUGACUAGAAUUUUAAAUGUUGUGAAUAAUGUUAAAAGUUUUAAGGCAAUGAUACUAAUUGUUCCAACAUUUGUACUUGGUGUCCCUAAUUUUUGAGAGGUCUUGAGACGACUGGGUCUAAGCCCAGUAGAAACACCACUGUUUACAGUUAUGUAAUGGGUGUUCUUAAAAUUUCUUAUUCAUUUCUAGUGAAACCUGCUUUUUUGUUUUGUAUCAAAAUUACCCAUUUAUUAUUUUUUCCAAAUGAUCUAAGUAUGUCUGAAUUAUAGAUGUUCCUCAGAGAAGUGAGAUGGUAAGUACAGCCAAGUCAGGGGUUUGGAGAGGAGAAGCUAUAAAUAAGUAGAUUUAAGGCAAGAUGUGACUAUGCCCACUACCCAGAGAAGAAAAAUUAAUGUUUAUCGUUUGAAGUUUCCUGUGUAUUGAAGCAGAGAUAUCAGUAAGAAUCAAAAUUUGGGAGUGGCUACAAAAUACUGUUUCAAUUUUGGGUACCUGCAUUUUAUAGGUUUAUCAUACUAAUGGAUGUUGGGGAGGAAGGGUUUAUGCUUCUUUGAAAGCAGUGAUGUGAGAAUUUCCAGGGAGCCGAGCUGAGCCGAGCUGAGCUGAGCCAUGUUUACUGCCUAUGUUUGUGCGAAGCCGCAGGGCAUUCAGCAGAGCGAAAAGCCCGCCCAGGACUCAGUCAACCUCAGCUGAGGGUGGUGACAGGGACCUUAACAUCUACCUAUUAACAGCCGUAUUCUGCUCUUUGUGGAAACAGUAAGAUUUUGUGGAGAGCUAUGCACUUUUAAAACGAGCAGGAUGGGCUCAGAUGGAGCACAGCUGAGCACUUUAAUUGUACAUUAAAUGUUUGCAAAGGUUAGCAACACUAUGAAAAAGGAACAAGUGGGGAAGAUACGCUGCAGCUGUUAAACUAAAGCACACAGGUAAAGGCUUUUACCUUUGGUGAAAAAACAGAUGGGGGACAUUGGGGCAUUUUCAGCAUCUCUAGAGUCCCUUGGUACCCUGACACAUGCAGACUCUGAGAUGGAGAGCCGGCUGCCCUUGAACAGACCUGAGACGCCCGGUCAGCCACCUCUUCCAAAGACAAGAGCAUUGGACUUAUUGCCAACGUAGCAGCAACCCCACUUUCCACCUCUGGUUUAUAUCAGUGAUGAUAUUAACCUGGAUACGUGUGUGUGUGUGUGUGUGUGUGUGUGUGUGUGUGUGUGUGUGUGUAGCAACACUGUGAAAUGGCCAAUUAGGAAUACAUGAGUUAUAAUUUGGGAGUAUGAUGUGGUGAAAAAUGCAGUCAUUUUCAGUUUAAUUUUCAUUUGUAUAUUUAAAGUGUGAGUACAUAUGUGUUUUAUUGUGGAGGAAGUGAAGUUUUUUGUGUUCUCCUUUUGGAAGGUGUGUUGUAAUGAUUGUCAAGGUCAUCUGAAAAGGUCACAGAUGAAUCAAUAAACAUCUUUAUAAUAU